AUGACGAACCAACUUGACCAUGAAAUUGGUUCAACAUAUAUUGCAAGAAGCGAGGAUGGUCGAAGAGGGGAAAUGAUAAGGGAAGCUAUUGUUGCGAGAGAUGCUAAUGACAAGAUGAGGUUGAUUCGAGAUAAACAACUUUUCAAUUUAGAAUUGUUACGCGAGAUCUAUGAAAAAGAUCGAGCAACCGGUGAUGGUGUCGAGAGUGCUAAAGAGAAAGUUCAAAGAUGGGAAAGGGAGCAAAGAGAGAUACGGAUUGAGGAUAUUGAUGAGAUACAAAUAAACAAUGAAAUACAUUUGGAGAACUUUUCCUCUUUCAAUAAUCACAAUUCUCCAUCAACACCAAACAAUCAAGCACAAACCACAUCCAUGCUUGAUGUAGCAGACUUCGUCAUCGAAAGAAGUCUCUUUCAAAGGAACUAA